AGCAAACUCUUUUAGGUACACAGCUCAGUUCUUUUUCGGCUUUCUCUGUCAUAGGCGCAUUGCUACAAGCUCCAUUAAGAACCCCCUCAUAAUCUAAAUCUUAAUCUAAUCUAAAUCUAGAUAUCAUAUAAUUAAUAUAGAGAGGAAUCAUAUAAUUAAUAUAGAGAGGAGAUUCCAAAAGCCAGGUACGACAUUUGGUGUUCUUGUUAGGCGCAUUUUGUCGCACUUAUUUAUGUCAUUUUUAAAAGGAUAAAUCGCAUCUUACCACCUAGACUUUUUACGUUUUUGGAAACUCCCAUCUUAAUGAAUUUUUUUUAUAAAUUUCCACCUACCAUUUUCAAUUUUAUUAAAAAUUCCCACCACUUAACGAUUUUUGUUAAAUUUCAUUAAUAAAACCAUUAAGUGGGUCCCUCAUAUACAUUUUUUUAACAAAAUCGAACUUGAAAUAGUUGCAAGUCUCUACAAAUAGUUAUAAUUUGUUCCAAACUUGCUCCAAAAUUGUUGAGAUUUUACCCUUAAAUUGAUGAAAUUGACUUUGAUUUCAACGUAAAUUAAUAAUAAAAUGCAUAUGUGAGGUCUACUUAACGGUUUUGUUAACGAAAUUUAACAAAAACCGUUAAGUGAUGAGAGUUUUUAAUAAAAUUGGAAAUGGUAGGUGGAAAUUUAUAAAAAAAAUUCAUUAAGGUGGGAGUUUCUAAAAACGUGAAAAGUUAGGUGGUUUUGAACAAAAAAUCCUUUUUAAAAAUAAAUAUAGUUUCAAAUUGAUAAAUAUACAUAUAGAGAGUUUAGGAUAAGAAGAGAUAUGUUUUGGUUUAUAAUGAAAACUUUACUAUAGUAAAUUAAUUAUAACUUUUAAUAUUCCUUUUGUUAUGAAAUAAGUGAAACACUUUUAUCAAAAACUUACAUAAAAAAAAUGAAGUGUGGUUUAACUCCGUCUUUUUUUACAAUCCUAUUCAUCUUAGAAUUAGAAGAAGUAUCAAAAGUUUUUCUGAAAAAAGGAAAUUAUCUUAGAUGAAUUUGACAUAUAUAUCAUUUUUCGAAAUGACCAUGACUUUUGCAACCCUAUUAGGAAAAUGAUCAGACUUUUGCACCUCUAUCAUGUACAAUCUUGAACUUGUAUUUUCUCAUUAAAACUGACGAAUGGCUAAUAAUGUUAAUUAUUUUACAUUUUAAAAUAAAUUCAUAAUUAUUAUUUGUUAAAAAAUUAUUAGUUAUUUCUCUAUCUCCUUUCUUUCUCAUGUUCUUCCUUUCCCCUUUUAUCUUCUCGUAGAUGUGCAACUCAAUCCAUCUUCAACUACUUUGAAAAUAAUAACUGAACUUCUAUACGUCGCCCAUUAUUUACUAAAAUCGCCCAAAUUUACACACAAAUAGACUACUCUACCCUUAUUUAUUUUUCUGAUUUUUUUACCCUCUUCUCUCUCACUUAUCUACUUUUUCAUCUUCUUCGUUCACUUUUUCAUCUUCUUCCUUCACUCUUCCAUCCAUCUUCACUUUUUCAUCUUCUUCCUUCACUCUUCCAUCCAUUCACUCAGCUUGUAAAAAAAUGUCUGAGGAAAAUCCAAACAAGAAGAAAAAAAUUAUCCUUCGUCCUGCAACAGAAAUUGCACUUGCAAGGGCUGCAGAGGCAAGACGACACCGAGAGGAAGCGGAAGCGGCGACUUUGGCGGCGGAGCUUGCGGCAGCAGAGGAAAUGGACGCCGAGGAACCGACAGCGUCAUCUCAGCCAUCUGGGUUUCAACAAUUUGCUGGUAAGACGCUUCCUGGAUUUCGAGUUGCGCAGUACGAGGAUUCAGGACCGCGUCAUCCGCAUUCGCGUGGUGUUUCCGCUUCCGUUAGAAGGACGCGGAUGAACCCGACUGAGUCGCGACGUCAGCUUCAGUUACACGAUGAGGGUGCUGGCGCGGCGUACGAUGCAACGGAGCAUCAUGAUGUAGAUGAGGGGGGGAUGUUCUUUACGGUGAUGAUGUUCACGAGUCAGUUUUGCAGGAGUUUGAGAGAGAUGUAGACCCUACAGUUGAUGAUCGUUGGAUUGUUCGUAAGGGUAGGGGUGGGCGAUU